CCUGCUGCCGCAAGGGAGCGCGGGAAAUCCUGAGUGCAGCUGCAAAUCCCGCGGGCCGCUAGGACCAUGGCCACCUCUUCGGUGUCCAAGGGCUGCUUUGUGUUUAAGCCAAACUUCAAGAAGAGAAAGAUCUCUGUGCCAGUAGGGGACUAUUUUAAUAAAGGGAAAAAUGAGUCUGAGGAUGGUAAGCUUCGAUUUGAAACUUAUCAGUUGAUAUGGCAACAGAUGAAAUCUGAAACUGAGCAACUACAAGAGGAAUUAAAUAAAAACCUGUUCAAUAGUCUAAUUGAAUUUCUGCAAAAGUCUUGUUCUGGAUUUCAGAAGAAUUCAAGAGACUGGGGCUGUCAGAUAAAACUCAGAGAAAUUCCAACUGCUGCUCUUAUUCUAGGUGUGAAUGUAACAGAUCAUGAUUUAACAUUCAGAAGUCUAACAGAAGCCCUUCAGAAUAAUGUCACUCCGUAUGUAGUCUCAUUGCAAGCUAAAGAUUGUCCAGAUAUAAAACAUUUUUUGCAAAAGCUUGCUUCACAGUUGAUGGGCUGCUGUGUAGAUGAGGACUCCAAAGAGGGAAGUAUUCAGGUUGCCCAGAAAAGAACACAUUGUUCAAUGGAUUCUCUUUCUAGCUGGUAUAUGAAUGUCACACAGAAGACAGAUCCAAAAAUGCCAAGGAAAAAGAGGACUUCUUCUAGCCAAUGGCAGUCUCCUCCUGUUGUGCUUAUCUUAAAGGAUAUGGAAAGCUUCACCACAAAUGUACUCCAGGACUUCAUAAUUAUUAGCAGUCAACAUCUACAUGAAUUUCCACUAAUACUCAUUUUUGGAAUUGCCACAUCUCCUGUUAUCAUCCAUCGGUUGCUUCCUCAUGCAGUUUCAUCUCUUUUGUGCAUAGAACUAUUCCAGUCUUUGUCCUGCAAGGAGCAUCUGACUACAGUACUUGAUAAGCUACUUCUUACAACUCAGUUUCCCUUUAAACUAAGUGAAAAAGUGUUACAGAUUCUGACCAACAUCUUUUUGUAUCAUGAUUUCUCAAUUCAAAACUUUAUAAAAGGACUUCAGCUUUCUCUAUUAGAACAUUUCUACUCCCAGCCCCUCAGUGUUCUAUGCUGUAAUCUCCCAGAAGCCAAGAGAAGAAUAAAUUUUUUAUCAGAUAAUCAAUGUGAAAACAUCCGACGUCUUCCAUCAUUUAGGAGGUACGUGGAAAAGCAAGCUUCAGAAAAGCAAAUUGCACUAUUGACUGAUGAGAGAUCUUUGAAGGAGGAGACACAAUCAUUACUCGAAAACUUACAUGUUUACCAUUCAAAUUACUUCCUGGUUUUGAGAUGUCUUCAUCAGUUCACCUCUUCUCUUCCCAAGUAUCCGUUGGGUCGACAGAUCAGAGAGCUGUACUGCACUUGUUUAGAAAAGAACAUAUGGGAUUCAGAGGAGUAUGUGUCAGCCUUGCAGCUGCUGAGGAUGUUGGCAAAGGAUGAACUGAUGGCCAUACUUCAGAAAUGUUUCCAGGUUUUUAAGUCCUCUUCUGAAAAGCAGCUUGGGAGCACAGCAAAGAGAAUAGAGGAGUUUCUGGCCCAGUUUCAGAGUCUUGAUGAAGCCAAAGAAGAAGAUACUUCUGGGUCACAGCCAAAGGGGCUUCAGAAGACAGACCUCUAUCAUCUUCAGAAGUCCUUAUUGGAAAUGAAGGAAUUAAGAAGAACAAGUAAGAAGCAGACCAGGUUUGAAGUACUCAGAGAAAAAGUUGUCAACUUCAUUGAAAGUCUGGUGAGAGAAUACCUUCUGCCACCAGAGACACAGCCCCUGCACGAGGUGGUGUACUUCAGCGCCGCCCACACCCUGCGGGAGCAUCUGAACGCGGCGCCAAGAAUUGCCCUCCACACUGCCCUCAACAACCCUUAUUAUUAUCUCAAGAAUGAAGCACUGAAGAGUGAAGAAGGCUGCAUUCCAAAUGUCGCCCCAGACAUCUGCAUAGCAUAUAAACUGCACCUAGAGUGUAGCAGGCUAAUCAACCUUGUGGACUGGUCAGAGGCCUUUGCAACAGUUGUGACAGCUGCUGAAAAAAUGGAUGCAAGUUCUGUAACCUCAGAAGAAAGGAAUGAAAUUAUCCAUGCUCGGUUUAUUAGAGCUGUUUCUGAACUAGAACUUUUAGGAUUUAUAAAACCUACCAAACAGAAGACUGACCAUGUGGCGAGGCUAACAUGGGGAGGCUGCUAGAAAGCCAGUGAAUGAAGCCAGAAAUACCACAUUAAGCUUAAGAGAGAAAAGGAGGCCAGUCAUAUUUACAUACCACCAGAAGACUGCUGGGCAAGAAGCGUGUAAUCCUUGUGUACUGUCUGAUCAGAAAGUAGACUGUUAACCCCAAACAGGAAUAUAUCAAAACACCUUUGGAGUACUUCAGAACCCAGCAAAUGACAUGCUUACAUUGUAACUAAAACCUCUCCCACAUUAUCUCUGUAAUCUUCAUAGUCAUUACUAAAUUAUAAAUUGUUCUUGAGCAUACAUAGUUUACAACUUUAAUAAAUUCCUUUAUCCAGGUGUUACACUUGAUUUACUAUCCCUCAUUCUUGCUCCCCCAGCUUCUUGGACUGGCAUUCCUCACUUUAGUAAGUUGUGUAGUAAGUAAGAUAAAUAUCCUACAGGUUGAUUUCUCCUAGGUGACUAUAUAGGUUCUAAAACUGCCUCUGCUGCCCCAUUGUUUUUAGCCUAGAAACCUAAAAAAUCCCAAGCUCUUUAGCUUUAUGCUUAAAGGCAGUAAAUAUUCUACUUUAGGAUGACCCAUCAUGGAGUUGUACAGCCUCUAAGACCUUUACAAAUUACAUCUCAAUAUU